CAGCCGGCGGCGGCGGCUCUGCUGGGCUCGGCUGUGCGCGGAGCAUGGCAGCGGCAGCGGCGGCGCGGGCGCUGCUGGCGGCGGGCAGGGCGGGCGGGCGGCGGGGCCGCGUCCUGCCCGCCGCGGGCGCCGCUCCCCUCUGCACCGUGGCCCCGCAGCAGCAGCAGCAGCCGUCGCCCGACAUGAAGAGCUACCUGUGGUCGCGCUACAAGGAGGCCAAGAGGGUCACCAAGGAGUUGGUUCCUUCAAUUAUGAGUAACAUGCUGAAUCCAGAUGCUAUUUUUUCGAACAAUGAAAUGAGCCUGUCAGACAUUGAAAUUUAUGGGUUUGAUUAUGACUACACCUUGGUCUUUUAUUCUACACAUCUGCACACACUCAUAUUCAAUGCUGCUAGAGAUCUUCUUAUUAAUGAGCAUCGGUAUCCUGCAGAAAUAAGAAAAUAUGAUUAUGAUCCCAAUUUUGCCAUCAGAGGGCUUCAUUAUGAUGUGCACCGGGCAUUAUUAAUGAAGAUCGAUGCUUUUCAUUAUAUUCAGCUGGGAACAGUUUACAGAGGCCUCAGUGUUGUCCCAGAUGAAGAAGUCAUUGCAAUGUAUGAUGGUUCCCAUGUCCCUUUAGAGCAAAUGAGUGACUUUUAUGGAAAGAGCUCACAAGGAAAUACAAUGAAGCAAUUCAUGGAUAUAUUUUCCUUGCCAGAAAUGACACUCCUUUCUUGUGUGAAUGAAUAUUUUCUGAAAAACAACAUAGACUAUGAACCUGUUCAUCUGUACAAAGAUGUCAAGGAUUCAAUCAGGGAUGUUCAUAUCAAAGGAAUAAUGUACAGAGCAAUUGAAGCAGAUAUUGAGAAGUACAUCUGCUAUGCUGAACAAACUCGUGCAGUGUUAGCAAAGCUGGCUGAUCAUGGAAAGAAGAUGUUUCUCAUCACAAACAGUCCCAGCAGCUUUGUGGACAAAGGCAUGAAGUUCAUCGUUGGCAAGGACUGGAGGGAUCUCUUUGAUGUGGUCAUUGUCCAGGCUGAGAAACCAAACUUUUUCAAUGAUAAGCGAAGACCAUUUCGGAAGGUGAAUGAAAGGGGAGUCUUGCUCUGGGACAAGAUUCACAAACUGCAGAAAGGCCAGAUUUACAAACAGGGUAACUUGUACGAAUUUCUGAAGCUUACUGGCUGGAGGGGCUCUAAGGUUCUCUACUUUGGUGACCACAUAUACAGUGACUUGGCAGACUUGACCCUGAAGCAUGGCUGGCGCACUGGUGCGAUUAUUCCAGAGUUACGAUCGGAGAUUAAAAUCAUGAACACAGAGAAGUACAUUCAAACCAUGACCUGGCUGCAAACCUUGACAGGAUUAUUGGAACACAUGCAGGUUCACCGUGAUCCUGAUUCCCAAAUGAUUUUAGAAGAAUGGAAGAAGGAAAGAAAGGAAAUGAGGGAGAUGAACAGGAAUUUCUUCAAUGCACAGUUCGGAAGCAUAUUCAGAACUGAUGAGAAUCCAACUUACUUCCUGAGACGUCUCUCUAGAUUUGCGGAUAUCUACAUGGCAUCACUGAGCUGUCUCUUGAACUACGAACCUAAUUACACAUUUUAUCCAAGAAGGACUCCUUUGCAGCAUGAACUUCCUGGCUGGUCAGACCAGCUGUGCACUGGUACAUUCAGAAUACCCUUCCUACAAGAGACAGUUCAGAUCAAAUAAACUCCUGGUGGCUCCUCUCUAAAGUGGACAAAUAUCUGUUGGUUUUCUUGAAUGUAUGUGUACUUUAUUUAAGUCACUUAAAUCUGUUACCUUAGUUUAUAUGUAUUUCAUACUUAUUCUCAUAAGCUUUGUACCUGUUUUUCUUGCCUCCUGCUCAGACAUGUGAAAAUUCCUCUUACAAACAGAAGAGGUGAAACUAAAACAAACUAGUAGUGGGCCAGGAGGGAGGGCACAUCUGAGGGGGAGGACUGCUGGUGUUCUGGGUGGUUAUUUUUGCUUGUUCAUUGAAAACUUUGAUCUGCAGCCUUGUGGCUUACAAAGAAAUACCAGGACUCAUUCUUCUGACCCUUUUCAGCAGUCCAGCUGGAGACUGUAAUGGAUCUUGGCACAGAAGAGCUUAAAUCCAGUAUCAGUAAUUCAGUGAUACAAGUUAGUAACAAGCUUAGGAUGAGACUGAGAGGGGUGGUCACACUUUGUAGCUUUCCUUGCUGCUACAGAUGGAGCCUCACCUGUGAGGGACUGGGGGCUGGAGUGUCCUGGCUCUGCUGCACUGGGCUCAGGCUCCUGGGCUCUCUCUCCUGUCUGCAGUUUCUGUUCUUGCCACGUCUGUGCUUGGCUGCAGGUGGACCUGAGCCUAAAACUGAAACUUGUGGUAGCUUGGGCUGCUUCAGCUUCCUUCUCUUAACUUUCAGGUACCUUAUUUUUUAAGUUUCAGAACACUUCAAGUACACACUUUCCAAUAAUAGUUGUUUCAAGAGGUUUUGCAUUUUGCGUUUCAAAAUGGAGACAGAUCUCUCUAUCAGGCUUUAGUUUGAUCCUAAAUGCUGCUUUUAAAGAUUUUAACAGUGUCUUAUUCCAGUGGUAUGCAAUGUGGCUUUGCUGUUCCCUAGGAGAGAAUGUAUUUCAUAUAGCCUUCAGUAAUGGACUUCUACAGUCAAAAGUAAACACGCACAAUGGCCAGAGGACUUAAAUUAAGAACUGAGAAAGUGAAACCCAGAGUUUUCAGGUGAUGUGUUUUUAGCUCAAGCCCUGAAAGCUAAAUUAGGAGUGGUACACAUUUUGAAUAAAGAAAAAUAAUUUUGGUAUAGAUUAGAAGUUUUAUUGAAUUACUGGUAAUGAAGGUAAUACAUGAACACAAACUCUGGGUAGCAUAUGUGUUUCAAAGAUUUGAGCUGAAAAAUGUCUAUUUUGCACAAGGAGAACAUCUGUUGAUGUAUUUCCUCAAAGUGGC